AUGGAUCAAAUGGGCUUUCCUAAUAAAUGGUGUGAGUGGGUUUUCGGCAUCUUAUCUUCGGCUAGGUCUUCCGUUCUUGUCAAUGGCUCACAUACGUUCGAGUUCCCUUGUUUCAAAGGUAUUCGUCAAGGAGAUCCAAUCUCUCCUUUUUUGUUCCUCAUUGUUAUGGAAGGCUUUUCUAGUAUGGUGAGAAGAGCGAGUAGUGUGGGUACCUUUAGAGGUAUUAUGCUCCCGAACAAUGGUCCCACCCUUACGAAUCUUUUAUACGCCGAUGAUUCUGUGCUUAUAGGGGAAUGGUCGGGAUCUAACAUUAAACAUAUGGCGCUUUUGCUGCGUUGUUUUAACAUUGUUUCGGGUCUUCAAAUUAAUAUGGGUAAGUCAAGUCUUAUGGGGAUUGGAGUUAGCUCUAGUCAAGUGGAAAUUAUGGCAAAAGUUCUAAAUUGCAAAAAAGGUUCGACCCCCUUCAUUCAUCUCGGGGUCAUGGUGGGAGCUAGGAUGACAAGAGUGGCAAACUGGAAGUCGGUUAUGGAGGUGGUUGAAUCUCGUCUUUCGUUAUGGAAAGCUGCUACGUUAUCUAUUAGUGGUCUUGUUACUCUCAUAAAAUCCGUGCUCGAAAGUAUUCCCAACUAUCACCUCUCUCUCUUCAAGGCUCCGGCUGCGGUUUUGCAUGGAAUCGAAGGCAUCAUUAGACGUUCUUUUUGGGGAGGUAAUAAGACUCUUAAAAAUUUGCAUUAG